UGCCUAUAAAUUCUACCUCUGGUUAUCUCAAUUUGUUUAUAAAAACAAAUGGGUCAAAGCUACGCAUAGAAAAUAAGAUAAGAAGAAGGAAAAAUGGGAGAAAACGGAGUUUUUGCAGCCAUUGUAGCAGGAGAUACCUUCAAAUACUACUCAGAAGGCGAAUGGAAAGUUUCUGCAUCUGGCAAAUCUGUACCGAUCAUCAACCCUACCACCAGAAAGACCCAAUUCAAAGUCCAAGCAUGUACACAAGAAGAAGUCAACAAGGUAAUGGAAUCAGCAAAAAUUGCACAAAAAUCAUGGGCUAAAACGCCUCUAUGGAAGAGAGCUGAAUUGCUACACAAAGCUGCAGCUAUUCUUAAAGAUCACAAGAAGCCCAUAGCUGAGUGCCUUGUUAAAGAGGUUGCUAAACCUGCCAAAGAUGCUGCUACUGAAGUUGUGAGGUCGGGAGAUUUGGUGUCGUAUUGUGCUGAGGAGGGUGUAAGAAUCCUUGGGGAAGGGAAGUUUUUGGUGUCGGAUAGUUUCCCGGGAAACGAGCGAACAAAAUAUUGUCUAACUUCGAAGAUUCCGUUAGGUGUUGUUUUAGCGAUCCCACCAUUCAACUAUCCGAUCAAUUUGGCCGUCUCAAAGAUUGCUCCAGCGCUUAUUGCAGGCAACUCGAUUGUACUGAAACCACCUACGCAGGGAGCCGUGUCUGCACUCCAUAUGGUUCAUUGCUUUCACUUGGCCGGUUUCCCAAAAGGCGUCAUCAGUUGUGUUACUGGAAAAGGUUCUGAGAUUGGUGAUUUUCUCACAAUGCAUCCGGGAGUUAAUUGCAUAAGCUUCACGGGUGGAGACACUGGUAUUGCAAUCUCAAAAAAGGCGGGCAUGAUUCCGUUACAAAUGGAAUUGGGUGGAAAGGAUGCUUGCAUUAUUCUUGAGGACGCGGAUUUGGACUUGGCUGUGGCUAACAUCGUCAAAGGAGGCUUCUCUUACAGUGGUCAACGAUGCACAGCAGUUAAAGUCGUGUUAGUAAUGGAAUCCAUAGCCGAUACACUUGUGAAAAAAGUCAAUGAGAAGAUCGGAAAAUUAAGCGUUGGUCCACCGGAGAACGACUGUGACAUCACCCCGGUAGUAACAGAAUCCUCUGCUAACUUCAUAGAAAGUUUGGUCAUGGACGCCAAGAAAAAAGGAGCAACAUUUUGUCAAGAAUACAAGAGAGAAGGCAACCUCAUAUGGCCUCUUUUGCUCGAUAACGUAAAGCCAGAGAUGAGAAUAGCGUGGGAAGAACCGUUUGGACCCGUGUUGCCCGUUAUCAGGAUUGGUAACGCUGAAGAAGGGAUCCACCAUUGUAAUGCAAGCAAUUUUGGGCUUCAGGGUUGCAUCUUUACAAAGGACAUCAACAAAGCAAUGCUGAUAAGUGAUGCGAUGGAAACUGGUACUGUGCAGAUAAACUCGGCACCAGCUCGAGGACCUGACCAUUUCCCAUUCCAGGGUUUGAAGGACAGCGGAAUUGGUUCACAAGGAGUGACCAGCAGUAUCAACAUGAUGACGAAGAUGAAGAGUACGGUGAUCAACUUGCCCACCCCUUCGUACGCGAUGGGCUAGUAAAACUUAGAACGGGAAGGCUUUGGAGAAGGCCGUGCGUGUGUGUAUAUAGCUUGUAUGAUAGUUUCCCGUGGUUUCGGUUGCUCGGGAGGUUGGAUAUUGCGACAUGAUAUGGUAUCGGGGUUCAAAUAACGACGUCAAUUGACAAGUUAGGAAGUAGAGUGGAACUUAUGAAUUUUCUCGGCAGGGUGUUUGCCACUCUUUGAAUGAUGUAUUGCGGACGUCCGUGGUCUAAUAAUAUCAAAUUUAGCCUUUGUAGCGUUUGAAUCA